AGAUGAGCUUGGCUUCUCCAAAAACCACAGCUUCCCUCCCAGCAGCUGCGGGUGCUGAUACAGGGCCUGUCCAGCCUGUGCUGCCAGAAGGGAGGCAAAGCAGCAGGAGAGCAGAUACUGAGGGGUCAUGGCCGUGCGGUUUCCCGCUCUGCUCCCGCUGAUCCUCGCAGCCCUGCAGCCCGCAGCCGUCCCCGCAGAGCCGCCGCCGCCCUGCCCGUGGGAGAUGAACAAGGUGAAGGACAUCGUGGAGGUGAACUGCACCGGGCGGGAUCUCAGCGCGGUGCCCGCCGGCCUGCCCGAGAACACGGGCAUCCUGCUGCUCAAUGCCAACCGCCUGCUGUCCGUCUCCACGGCCGCCUUCCAGAAGCUGGCCGCCCUGCAGGACCUCGACCUGUCUGACAACGGCCUGCAGGCUGUGCUCACUGAGGCCGCGCUGCCCAGCCUGAAGGAGCUGCUGCUGUCCCACAACGCGCUGGAGGCUCUGCCCGCCCUGCAGGGCCUGCCCGCGCUCACCCGCCUGGCCCUGGCUCACAACAAGCUGCAGGCUCUGGCUCCCACGGCCUUCCGUGCCGUUCUGCAGCUGCAGGACCUGGACCUGCGGGGCAACGCGCUGCGGACACUCCCUGAGGACGUCUUCAUGGGGCUGCGAGCGCUGAAGGACUUGGAUCUGUCGGACAAUGCCUUGGAGGAGCUGCCCAGAGGGCUGCUGCAGGACCUGGUGACGCUGGAGACGCUGUGGCUGUCGGGGAACCGGCUCCGCGCCCUGCCCUCCGGCUUCUUCCCCGAGGGGCACCUCUUCGCCUACGUCUUCCUCACCGAGAACCCCUGGCACUGCGACUGCGACCUGGUCUACCUGCGCUCGUGGAUCCUGAGGAAUGAGGGGAGCGUCUAUGAGCCCGAGCGCGGCCUGGGGAAGACGAAGGUGGAGGUGGCCCCGGAGAAGGUGCUGUGCCAGAGCCCCUCCGAGCACCUGCAGAAGCCCAUCAUCCGCUUCAAGCCCAACUGCGGCCACGUGGGGGAUGCAGAAGAAGAGGAAGAGUAUGAGUACAAUGAUGAGGAAUCGACCCCCACACACCCUCUCGUGGCCUCCUUGUCCCCGGUGUAUCCACCCAGCUCCGAAGAGCCCACCACCGCCCCACAUACUCCUACUCAGCCUCCUCUCACAACCGUCAGUCCUCUCCUCACCACCCCUGCUGGCCCCAGCCUUGCCCCAACCACUUUCCUUACCACCCCUCCAAGCACCGUGGCUCCCAGCACCGCCCCUCCUGCAUCCACCAGUUCCACCACCACCCCCCCCAGCACUGUGCAGCCCUCGCAGCCCCCCAGCACUGCCACUUUUCACACCGCUCCCCGCAGCACCCCGCACACCCCCACCAUCUCUCUGCCAGCUGCUCCCAGCACCGACAGCCAUCCUCAGAGCCCCCUCACCACCCUCACUGCCAGCAGCCCUCUCACAGUGCCCAUCAGAGCCUUCUCCGUCGGUCCCUCCGUGCUGCCUUCCCCCACCAACCCAGAGAGCACUUCAGUCGCCACAUCUUCACCUUCUGCUCUGAUGUCACCCACACUGGUGGUCCCCAACACCACGCUUUCCAUUCACACCCCUACGUUGUCUGCUCCCCUGGACACCACACCCUUCCCCCACCCAUCUCCUCCGCUCCGUCCUCCCCUGCUCUGCCCGUGCUCCACUCCAGCACAGACUCCAUCCGUGCUGCACUCACAGACGGGUGUGAAGGGUCUGCCCUGGAAGCACUGGGUGCUGAACCACUGCUGCCUCCUGCGCUGGUUUCUCUACCUGGCUUGCUUGGCUCUGCUGCUCCUAUCUGUGCUGCCUUUGGCUUGCUGCCUGGUGUGGAUGUGUCUGAUGAGACAACAUGACUCACUGCAGACCCAAGAGGUGCAGCAUCCACUGAUGAGGUGGGAGAAUUCAACAGGAAGUCAUACCACACAUCUCAGCAUCUUCCGAAGCCCCCGCCAACGCUCCACAUUCUGUACCACCAAGGAAGUAGAGCUGUGCCCUGAAGUUGCCACAUCCCACACUUACUGCACAAUUAAAGACCUGGGGGUGCAGCGCGGCCCCCCUGCAAAGUCCUUCUGCACCACGAAGGAGCUGUGGAUCCACCACAGCCCUCGGAAUGCUUCAUCCAAUCCUUUCCCCGUGGAGCUGACGGCCACAGAGCUCAGCUCUCUGCGGAGCCCUUCUGCUUACAGCCCGGACAGGGGGGUCAGCGCCAUCAGUGCUGUCAGGGUGAAAUACGCUGCCAACACUUUGUAAACACUCCUUUACCUUCAGAGGGAAGGAUGGGGGUGGCGGCUCUGGCUCACAUCUCCCUGCUGCACGAUAGGAAGGUCUGCUCACUGCAGAAAGGGAAGGCAUGCAGCUCCUUUCCUUAGCUCACACUCAUUGUGCUUGCUAGAUCUGAAAUGAUUUCUGGGCUGCUUGGUGGGGCUGGGGGUUGUCCUAAACCAGAGCUUGGGGCUGAAAUGCCAGAAUUUGGGGUCAGUGUGGGAAAGCUGAGCUGGCUUUGUCCAGUACGUGUGACUGCUUCUGCUCAAAUAACACACAGAGGUGCACCAUGCUUUCAGCUCAGAGUCGGGUUAUUCACCGCAGAAUAAAUGUUCUCUUUGCCCAAA